CAUAGUUGGUCCAUUCCACUUUUGGUGAGGAUGAUUUCAAAAACGUUUAUUUAAUGAAAACUACAUCCAAGACGAGGUCAAGUUUCUUAUGCAUCAUCUCCCCUAAUUCCUUCAGGACAUCAGACCACUAUGAUUACUGUUUUAUAGAAAGCUACUUCCUUGCCUCCAGUUACAACUGCCAUGAACAGUGGGGCUGGGAUUGGUACUGCUCAGCCUGAUUCCUGAGAUCCCACACCCACCAGUCCUAGGUUCCCAUUGAACUAGGUUCUGUUGCAUCGCUUGUUAACUAGGUGCUGGGCACAGGGACCUAGCAGAAUGCUGUCAGGGGCACUGAGAGAGCUGGGGUGGAUCACAGCCCUAUGGAUGUGUCAGGACAUGGAAAAUUUUACAUAUGCCAAGGAAGACUUCUGGUUGAAGUUGAGGUUGGGGUUAGGAAGGGCAUCCUGGGGGUGAGCUGGCCAGCCCUGAGAUGAUACUUUCAAUGUGGUUCAGGCCUUCAUAACCUCCUCCUUGUCUUUCUUUUGACACUCUCUUCUGCAGUGAUCCGGGCCAAGGUAGUGGGAAAGAAGCUGGUGAAGGAGGGGCCCUUUGGCACGAUGGUCUAUACUAUCAAGCAGAUGAAGAUGUACCGAGGUUUCACCAAGAUGCCCCAUGUGCAGUACAUCCACACGGAAGCCUCUGAAAGUCUCUGUGGUCUUAAGCUGGAGGUCAACAAGUACCAGUACCUGCUGACAGGUCGUGUCUAUGAUGGCAAGAUGUACACAGGGCUCUGCAACUUCGUGGAGAGGUGGGACCAGCUCACUCUUUCCCAGCGUAAGGGGCUGAACUACCGCUAUCACCUGGGCUGCAACUGCAAGAUCAAGUCUUGCUACUACCUGCCUUGUUUCGUGAGCUCUAAGAACGAGUGUCUCUGGACCGACAUGCUCUCCAAUUUUGGUUACCCUGGAUACCAGUCCAAACACUACGCUUGCAUCCGGCAGAAGGGCGGCUACUGCAGCUGGUACCGAGGAUGGGCCCCCCCAGACAAGAGCAUCAUCAAUGCCACAGACCCCUGAGCUCAGACCCUGCCCCACCUCACCUCCCUCCCUUCCCGCUGAGCCUCCCUCGGACACUAACUCUUCCCAGAUGAUACCAGUGAAAUUAGUGCCUGUUUUCUUGCAAAUUUAGCACUUGGAACAUUUAAAGAAAAGUCUAUGCUGUCUAUGGAGUUGAUUUGGAGCUAUUCUCCUGGCCCCAUCCUACCCCUUCUUUUUGGUUAAUGACAUCACCCAUUUUUACCUGGGAAUUUCUGGUGCCAUGCCAGAAAGAACGAGGAAUGUAUACUCCCCUUCUUCGUGAUAUAUAAUCUAUAUUUUUUUAGGAAAACAAAAAUUGAAAAAUCUACCCCAUUUGGGCAUUGUAAUAGCGACUUCUCUUUCUUCUUCCCCUCUCGGCCACCUCCCAGACUCUCCUUCCCUUGUCCUUCUCCUCUACCCCAGUAUACAAAGGGCACAGACAAGGAAGUUACCUAAAGGCCAGCUGUUUCUGGAUCAGUCAAGAGCAGCAGGCAGACAGACUCGAGGUAUGCGGAAGAUCUUAUACAUAGAGGAGAUGCUACCGCAUGUCCCGACCAGACUGUCUGUCUGUAUUUGCACAUCAGAGCGAGGGAGGGAAGGAACAGAUCGCAGGAGUGGGUCUGAGAUGACAGACACACACAGCUUCCCCAGCCUGGUGAUGCUUGGGUUGACCAGAUGUCUCUGGGUCUAAAGCAAGAAGUUAGACCAGAGUUUUCUGAGUUGGUCAAGAUUUAAACAUUUGCCUGAGGUUAGCAGGCAACUUGCCUGUCUGUACAAACGCUCAGGUGAAAGGCUGAGAUGAAUGUCUUUCUUCUCCCCGUCUCCCAUAAGACAUCCUCCUGGGAAACUCUGGCGGAGGUCAGGCUGAGAGCUUGCCUGUAUAUAAAUUGGAGAAAUACAGAAAUACACACACUGUACACUAUCCACAGAUAUAGCCAAGUAGAUUUGGGUAGAGAAUACUAUUUCCAAAGUAGUGUUUAGCUCACCUGGGGGGAUGUGUUUAUAUACACAUUUGCAUAUACCCACAUGGGGACUUAAGCUAAUUUUUUACAGGACACAGAAUUCUAUUCAAUGCUGUUAAAUAUUGGCAAAUAGUUUAAUCUCUUCUAUUUUGUUGUUGCUUGUUUGAAGAAAACCAUGACAUUCCAAGUUGAGUUUUUUUUUUUUUCAUUUUAAUUAAAAGUUGAAAUUCUGAAUAUCCUCAGCACCCUCUUUUCCCUAUAACUGGGGUCAUCUGACUUCUGACCUUUUCUUUUUCUUCUGCUUCCUAUUUGGGGGGGGUCUUCACUUAACUGCCUUACUGGCUGGCAGAUGGCAGAUGGGCGUCAGUGUGGGUCAGGGGUUUGCACACAGGAAGGACAACUGCUGAGGGUCCUGCCUUGGCUGGAUGGCCACCUCUCCUGGGUUUUGGGACAGUUUCUGUCCUUCCCAGCUCAUUGGUGGGUGGAUGCUACCUCCUGAGGUCUUCACUUCAUGGAAUUAGUAUGGGUGGUCCCUGGGGAAACCUGGCUCAAUCAUCAGCUGUAGGGUUUUUGUUGUAUUUUUAAAAAUAAAACUAUAAUAUAAAUUCUCCUAUUAAAUAAAAUUAUUUUAAGUUUUAGUGUCAAAAGUGAGAAGCUGAGAGUAGUGAUAAUGUAUAUUUUACAGAAUUGGGUAUGGUAGGAUGGUGACAUUUAACAUGAUUGCUCUCUGUCUCUUUUUUCAGAAUAUGGGUAUUUAUCCUCUAUUAGUAUUUUGUAUCUUCAGUUCAUUCCGCUUUAGGAAACAGAGCUGCCAAUUGAAACAAGAGAAAAAAAAAGUAGACAACAAGUAGAUACACACAUGUCUAGGCAAGGGGUUUGGCAGAACCCCAGAGUGGGAAGACAGUGCAGGUACUGGAUUUCCUUGGGAUGGAUUUCACUACUGAGCAAUGUUCCCCUGAGGUCCUGCCACUGGCAAGUGGGGAGUGGGGGGCGUGGCCCUCUCCAUGGGGCUGUGUGAGCAGAGGAACUGAAGUCAGCAAGCCAGUGGUUUCUAAGGAGUGAGCCUCAUACUUGGUGUUUGGGUUUAACAUCACUUCAGUGUCAAAGUCUUGCAAGGUGGAGCUCCUGACCCAACCUGCACCAGUGCCUUCCUGCAAGUUCACACCAGCAUCUCUUCUGUGAGGCAUUUGGCUAUUCUCAGGCCCUGCUGUGGUCACCCCACUCACGUGACGAGGAACUUGGGAUGAGGUCUGAGCAUGAGGCACCUGAAAUUUCCCUGCAGAGUAAAUCAGUUAGUGGAACCAUAGCCCCAUAGGCAAGGCCCUGAUGAGAGGUCUUGGGCAAAGAAGGGUCUUUUGAAAUUGAUGUUGUCAGAGGGCGGUUUUGAGCUUUCUAUAAGCUAUAGCUUUGUUUAUUUCACCUGUUCACUUACUGUAUAAUUUAAAGUCAUUUAUGUAGCUGAGACACUUCCAUAUUUCAAUCAUAUUGUGAAUGUUUUAUUUUGCUAAAUCUUGUGUCAUGUGUAGGCUGUAAUAUGUGUACAUUGUGUCUAAGAAAAAAAAAUGAAAUCCACAUGUCGCCAUUUUUCUGGCUCAAAUUCUACAGUAGAAUGGAGGGUAAAAUACUUCUAUUUGGGUGGGCAGCUAGACUGGCAAAUCAGGAAACUGGAAGGAAGUCAUAAAGGAGCCUCCUCCUUAUUGGAAUCCCAGGGGUUCCCUGAGUAGGAAGGAGAAGAAAAAGAAACUAUGGCCGUGCCCUUGCUAUGUAUCAGCCAGCCCUGUGUCAUACACUACUCACUCUCAUUCCCUCUCCCCCAGGUCCUUUAUCAUACCCAUUUGGGAAGCCAUGACUUCUAAAAUUCCAGGACUAUAGGAAUGAUAAUUAUCCAAGUCUCUUCACUUCCUUUGGAUAUCUCUUCUGCCUCCCAAUCAAGGAAGCACCAUGCCCAGACUCUUGCUUCCCAGGCCCAUGCUCUUCUAUCGCCAGGGUGGGUAAUACUAGGGAACCCCUGCUCUUUACUGGCCCCCAGCCCCUGCCCUGCUUCAUGACAACUGAGCUUCAGCCUAUGAGUACCAUUUUUCAUCCCAUGUUUCUUGAAGCAUAAAACAUGGAAUAGUUCUAUCUAGGAGAUACUGUGGUCCCCAGAUAGUACCUUUCCCUGCCUCAGCCCUUCCCCCUCACCUGGUACAUAAUGAUCAACAACGUAGACUUCUCCCGAGUGGUUGGCUCCUGGCUACCUACAGUGAAAGCAUCACUAGAGUGUUUGUAUCAGAGAGAAACACUAUAAAAAAUCUAAUGCAAAAGCACAGCAAAAUGGGACAAUGGAGGGGAGGUGGAUCGCAACAACUUUCAAAUUGGCUCUUUGAAGAUGGGGGAGGGGAAGACUCAGAGAGUGGUUAUGCUCCACGGGCAGGGGCUUCUUAGAUUCUCCCAUGCUCCACUUUUCCUUUAGCCAGUCUGCUGUACAGAAACCCAGAAGUGAUGGAGAGGAAACCAACCAGAGAAAACCCUGUCUGGAAGGAAUGUAUUUGUUGCUAAAUUUUGUAGCACUGUUUACAGUUUUCCUCCAUGUUAUUUAUGAAUUUUAUAUUCCGUGAAUGUAUAUUGUCUUGUAAUGUUGCAUAAUGGUCACUUUUUAUAGUGUGUCCUUUAUUCUAAACAGUAAAGUGGUUUUAUUUCUAUCACA